AUGAACCGCAGCCACCGGCACGGGGCAGGCAGCGGCUGCCUGGGCACCAUGGAGGUGAAGAGCAAGUUUGGAGCUGAAUUUCGUCGUUUUUCACUGGAAAGAUCAAAACCUGGAAAAUUUGAAGAGUUUUAUGGAUUACUGCAGCAUGUUCAUAAGAUACCCAAUGUUGACGUUUUAGUAGGUUAUGCAGACAUCCAUGGAGACUUACUACCUAUAAACAAUGAUGAUAAUUACCACAAAGCUGUUUCCACAGCCAAUCCAUUGCUUAGGAUUUUCAUUCAAAAGAAGGAAGAAGCAGACUACAGUGCCUUUGGUACAGACACGCUAACAAAGAAGAAGAACGUUUUAACUAAUGUAUUGCGUCCUGACAACCAUAGAAAAAAGCCACACAUAGUCAUUAGUAUGCCCCAGGACUUCCGACCUGUGUCUUCCAUUAUAGAUGUGGACAUUCUCCCAGAAACGCAUCGUAGGGUUCGUCUUUACAAAUAUGGCACCGAGAAGCCCUUAGGAUUCUACAUCCGGGACGGCUCCAGCGUCAGAGUCACCCCACACGGGUUAGAGAAGGUCCCAGGGGUCUUCAUAUCCAGACUCGUCCCCGGAGGCCUGGCUCAGAGCACGGGACUGUUAGCUGUCAACGAUGAAGUGUUAGAAGUUAAUGGCAUAGAAGUUUCAGGGAAGAGUCUUGAUCAAGUAACAGACAUGAUGAUCGCAAACAGCCGCAACCUCAUCAUAACAGUGAGACCAGCAAACCAGAGGAAUAACGUUGUUAGGAACAGUCGGACUUCUGGCAGCUCCGGCCAGUCUACUGAUAACAGCCUCCUUGGCUACUCACAGCACGUUGAACCAAGCUUUGAACAGGAGGACGAAGACAGCGAUGAAGAUGAUAUUAUAAUCGAAGACAAUGGAGUGCCACAGCAGAUUCCUAAAGCUGUUCCAGCUGCUGAGAGCCUGGAGUCACUGACACAGAUAGAACUCAGUUUUGAGGCUGGACAGAAUGGCUGUAUUCCUUCUCAUGAAGUGAACCUAGCACCUGUGGCAAGUGGGACAAACACAGAAUCUGAAACACAUGCUGCAGAUCAAAAACUUUUAGAAGAAGAUGGAACCAUCAUAACAUUGUGA